CCCCCCUUGGCGGCCAGGCGAACUAGCAAACCACACGGAUGUUCUACAACGUCCACAACGAGGACGCGUUGGAAUCUCAAGUGACGCUGCAAGCCUUCGGUGCUUCGCAGCUCGCGCUCAUCGACCCGCCCACCUCGCAGGGCGACGUCGUCCUCGUCUUCUCCCCGGACAACAUGCGCAACACGACCGUCUACCAACAAGGCUCUCAUCCCGAUCGUGCUCUAUAUGCCGUCCGCUCCAGGGAUCAAUACAUGAUCACCGAGCUCAGUACGGGGCGACUCGGCCGCACCCGAGCUGGUGGCCAAGAUUGAGUAUAGAUCCAUCUUGCCCGAUCGAGUGACGCUGAGGGACCGCGGCUACGAAGCGUCGAAGAUCAGCGAAUGGCUGAAGGAGAUGGGUUCGAAAUCCUAUGUGGAAUUUGAGGCGAGCGGUUGUCGAUACCUAUGGAAGACCAGCCUUGUUGGGCAGGUAGCCCUGUACGGCGAGGAAUCCGGCAAAUUGGAACCGAUCGCCUGGUACGCCCCGACUCAUCUAGGCCCACAGCGUCGUGCCCUCCACCCCACACAAGCUCUCGGCUACCUGCACAUGAGUCGUGCAGCCAUGGAUAUCCGAGAUCAGAUAGUCGCCUCGUUGCUUGUGGUGCGACUGCGAGCGUGGAUCAAACAAGACAAGUGGAUGAAAGUAGGGGCCGGGCCCGUUCCAGUAUGAGGAUAGGUGACUACUACAAGCUCAAGCGCCACAGCGGGUCCGGAACCACGAACGGAUUGAUACUACUGCUAGAACAAUUAUCAAUGUACACCAUAUCUCAGAAAUACGUAAGGCAGAAUAUC